GGUCAUAAAAGGCUUCCAAGAUUCAAAGGGAAGCUCGCUUCCAAAUGCACACAUUCUGGGGUUGUUUCACAGGUUGUGCAAGCUGAUGUACUAUCGUAUCAAGCCGGUGUUUGUGUUUGACGGUGGUGUUCCAGUACUGAAAAAGCAGACUAUCGCCAAGCGCAAUCAAAGCAAGAGCAAAUAUCACAAUGAAGCCGAUCGACUGCAACAAUUGCUGCUGGAAACGUUGGCCAAGGAAAAGGUCGUUCAGCAGGCGCUGGGGUCAGCUACCAGUCUUCUGGUUUCGCCCUCAAAAAAGCCCGGAAACAGCAGCAAAACAACGGACGAACCCGAUGAGAUGUUCAAACUGCCACCCUUGAAAGAGGAUUCACCGUUCAAAAGUGCUGCCGAUAGCUCCCAUACCGAUCUGGACGAAAGUGGCAGCUCGUGGGACGAAAAAACUUCCAAAAGCUAUUAUCAUUUGAACUUGAAUGCCAUUGAUGUGACGAGUGUGCAUUUCAAGAACCUGCCGGCAGAUGUGAGACAUGACAUUUUAAACGAGUAG